GAGCGCGUCCCGUUCCCACGGCUCUGGUGCCUUCCCCGGCAGCCCCCCUCCUCCCGUCCGCCCCCGCCCCCUCGGCAUCUCUCCCUCCGCAUAACUGAGACUUUUACAAAGAGAUGCAAAGCCCCUGGGAUUCCCCUUCUGGGCUGGAUUGAUGGGAACCACUGGGAGCGCCUGCCGGAGGCUGGGUUUGGGUCCCGCCCGCUGUGUGGCCUGAGCCUGGGCCGAGCACUUACUCCUGCCCAUGCCCUCACCUGUGAACAGCGCUGCCUCCCAUAGGGGAGACUGAGGCCCACCGCACCUGAGAGCCGGGGCGGCUCCCUACCUUUCUCCACACAGUACACGAGGCCUGGGUCUCCAGGAGCCCACAGUGAGGGGGACUGGGGCGCCCUCCGUCCCUCCGUGAGUGCAGGACGGGAGCCAGCGCUGUCUGAUUUAAAACCCUGGAGAGGUGGCCCUGGCGAUUGUGGGUCUGGGGGUGUUGGGAUGGGCCCAGACGAAGUCUCAGAGACGAGCUGCGGGGCCAGGCUGGGGCUCUGGGCUCCUCGUCUGGCCUGGGAUCCCCAUUUCUUUGGGCUGAGGUUGGUCAGGCCAAACACUGCCCCUGCCCAUUCCUGCUGGGAUCCCCCUCCCACCUCACCCCUCUCUGCGGACCACCCACUCGUUGCACCAACCCCACUGUCAGGCCUGCUCCUGACCCACUGGGACCCUGGUGCCUUCUGGGAGCCUGAGGCCCUUUGAAAAAACAGAAUCUUCCCAGCCCUCCAGCCACUGCUCAGCCAUUAUCAAGGCUCCGCAUCCUGAGCGCUGGGAUCCCCCAGGACACUGCCAGGUCCCCCAGGCCCUGUCCCUGCUCCUCUGAGCCUCUCAGGCCGCAGGAUGCCCUAGAGAGCUGAUUCUCAGUUGUCCGUCGCCUGCCCCAGAGCCCGGCCUUGGCGAUGUUACCACCUCUGUGCCCCCUGCAACUCCUGACCCUGGGCCUGGGGCUGGCUGGAGCCCUCAGCCCCAGUGACCCCAACACCUGCAGCUUCUGGGAAAGCUUCACCACCAUCACCAAGGAGUCCCACUCCCGCCCCUUCAGCCUGCUCCCCUCAGAGCCCUGUGACCGGCCCUGGGAGAGCCCCCACGCCUGCCCCCAGCCCACGGUCGUCUACAGGCCGGUGUACCGCCAGGUGGUGAGGACGGAGCACCGGAAACGCCUGCGCUGUUGCCAAGGCUUCUAUGAGAGCGGGGACACCUGUGUCCCGCUCUGUGCCCAGGAGUGCGUCCACGGCCGCUGUGUGGCUCCCGGUCGGUGCCAGUGUGAGCAGGGCUGGCGGGGCGAGGACUGCUCCAGCGCCUGUGCCCCAGGCGUGUGGGGACCUCAGUGUGACGAGCCCUGCCACUGCGGGAACGGCAGCUCCUGCGACCCCAAGAGCGGGACCUGCUUCUGCCCCUUGGGCCUGCAGCCCCCACGUUGCCUCCAGCCCUGCCCCCCCGGCCAGUACGGCCCCGCCUGCGGGUUACGCUGCAGGUGCCACGGAGCGCCUUGUGACCCCCGGACCGGAGCCUGCUUCUGCCCCCCGGAGAGGAAGGGGCCCAGCUGUGAGAUGUCCUGUCUCCCCGGCCCCGCUGGCUUCUGCCCCAGAACCCAACCUUGCCACAACGGGGGUGUCUACCAGGCCUCCCAGGGCUCCUGCAGCUGCCCACCUGGUUGGAUGGGCACCAUCUGCUCCCUGCCCUGCCCAGAGGGCUUCCAUGGACCCAACUGCUCCCAAGAGUGCCACUGUCACAAUGGUGGCCUCUGCGACCGAUUCACUGGCCAGUGCCGCUGCGCCCCAGGCUACACGGGGGAUCGGUGCCGUGAGGAGUGCCCCGUGGGCCGCUUCGGCCAGGACUGUGCAGAGACGUGCGACUGCGCCCAGGGCGCACGCUGCUUCCCGGCCAACGGCGCGUGUCUGUGCGAACACGGCUUCACUGGGGACCGCUGCACCGAGCGCCUCUGCCCCGACGGCCUCUACGGCCUCAGCUGCCAGGAGCCCUGCACCUGCGACCCGGAGCACAGCCUCAGCUGCCACCCGAUGAGCGGGGAGUGCUCGUGCCUGCCGGGCUGGGCCGGCCUGCACUGCAACGAGAGCUGCCCGCAGGACACGCACGGGCCCGGCUGCCAGGAGCACUGCCUCUGCCUCCACGGCGGCGUGUGCCAGCCCGACAGCGGCCGGUGCAGCUGUGCGCCCGGCUACACGGGCCCGCACUGCGCCAGCCUCUGUCCCCCUGACACCUAUGGAGUCGACUGCAGCGCGCGCUGCUCCUGCGACAACGCCAUCGCCUGCUCGCCGGUCGACGGCGCCUGCGUGUGCAAGGAGGGCUGGCAGCGUGGUAACUGCUCCGUGCCCUGCUCGCCUGGAACCUGGGGCUUCGGUUGCAAUGCCAGCUGCCAGUGUGCCCACGAGGCAGCUUGCAGCCCCCGAACCGGAGCCUGCAUCUGCACCCCUGGGUGGCACGGAGUGCACUGCCAGCUCCCCUGCCCGAAGGGGCAGUUUGGCAAAGGCUGUGCCAGCCGCUGUGACUGUGACCACUCUGAUGGCUGCGACCCUGUUCAUGGACACUGCCAGUGCCAGGCCGGCUGGACGGGGGCCCGCUGCCACCUGCCCUGCCCCGACGGCCUCUGGGGAGCCAACUGCAGUAAGAGCUGUACCUGCAAGAACGGGGGCACCUGCAUCCCGGAGAACGGCAAUUGCGUGUGCGCUCCCGGAUUCCGAGGGCCCUCCUGCCAGAAAUCCUGCCAGCCUGGCCGCUAUGGCAAACGCUGUGUGCCCUGCAAGUGUGCCAACCACUCCUCCUGCCACCCCUCGGACGGGACCUGCUACUGCCUGGCCGGCUGGACAGGCCCCAAUUGCUCCCAGCCAUGCCCUCUAGGACACUGGGGAGCUGACUGUGCCCAGUCCUGCCAGUGUGGCCAUGGGGGCACCUGCCACCCCCAGGAUGGGAGCUGUUUCUGCCCCCCAGGCUGGACAGGACGCCUCUGCUUGGAAGGCUGCUCUCCCGGGACGUUCGGAGCCAACUGCUCCCAGCCAUGCCAGUGCGGUCCAGGAGAGAGGUGCCACCCCGUCACGGGGGCCUGUGUGUGUCCCCCAGAGGACAGCGGUGCCCCCUGCAGGAUUGGAAACCAGGAGCCCUUCACCAUGAUGCCUACCUCUCCCGUGGCCUACAACUCGCUGGGGGCGGUCAUCGGCAUCGCAGUGCUGGGCUCCCUGGUGGUGGCCCUGCUGGUGCUCUUCGUUGGCUACCGCCACUGGCAGAAGGGCAAGGAGCACCGGCACCUGGUGGUGGCCUACAGCGGGGGGCACCUGGACAGCUCCGAGUACGUCAUGCCAGAUGUCCCCCCGAGCUACAGCCACUACUACUCCAACCCCAGCUACCACACCCUGUCACAGUGCUCCCCGAACCCCCUGCCCCCUAACAAGGUUCCGGCCGGUCAGCCGUUCGCUGGUUUCCCGGGCCUGGAUAACCACAGCACCCUACCUGCGGACUGGAAGCACCGCCGUGAGCCCCGGCCAGGGCCUCUGGAGCGGGGGCCCAUCUCUGAAGAGGGGCUGGGGGCCAGCGUGGCUUCCCUGAGUAGCGAGAACCCCUAUGCCACCAUCCGGGACCUGCCCAGCCUCCUAGGGAGCCCCCGGGAGAGCAGCUAUGUGGAGAUGAAGGGCCCUCCUGCAGGGUCCCCGCCCCGGCAGCCAGCUCAGGUCUGGGACAGCCAGGGCCGGCGGCACCCCCAGCCACAGAGAGAUAGUGGCACCUACGAAGAGCCCAGUCCUCUGACCUAUGACCGAGACUCUGUGGGCUCCCAGCCCCCCCUGCCUCCGGGCCUGCCCCCUGGCCACUACGACUCACCGAAGAACAGCCACAUCCCCGGGCAUUACGACUUGCCUCCAGUUCGGCACCCCCCGUCACCCCCGCUCCGGCGCCAGGACCGCUGAGGAGUCGUGGGAUGCAGGGACCCACACAGGGACUCCCCUGCUGAGGUUGGGGACAGAGCCUGCUGGAUGGACCCUGCCAGGAGCAGGGAGAGGACCGACAGAACGGGAUCUUGCCGUUUGCUAGAGGAAGUGAACGUGGAGAGGACAGGGCCUGGCUCCCAGCUUCCAGCCUGGGGGACCCUGGUCAGCAGAAAGCCCACAUUCCCUUUGUCCGUGCUCCAACCUGUGGCUCCCCAAGGCCCUGGGGCUCUUGUGUGUAAACAGGUGGGAUCAAUGUUGCUAGAAGUUUGAUUUCAGACUAAUGUUGAAAAUGUAUAUGGGGUUCCUUUCCUGUGCACUCCCAGCCUGGGCUGUGUGUGUGUGUGUGUGUGUGUGUGUGUGUGUGGCUUCAGAGGGUUCUAGGCACACAGCCUGUCCUGUGUAGUCGAGAGGCCAAAGCAGUCAACUCUAGCAACAGCCUGAUGGUCCUGCCUGCAUCCAUCGCUGGGUACCUGCUCCAAGCAAUUGCUCAAAAUACCAGGUGGUGAGGUGAUCUCGGUCUGAACAUCUUCAUGGGUGCCCCAUGGCUCUCCCACGAGUCAGAACUGUCCAAGGUCUUAGGGGCUUUGCUGGCCUGGCGGGUCUCGUCAGCCUCACCUGGAACUGUGUUCACAGCCACUCUGUUCCAUUCACCCUGGGACCCAGGUCCUACGAGCCACACUUGUUCCUACCACAGGGACUUUGCACAUCCGUCCUCUUCUCUUCCACUCUCACCUGUUCACUGCUGCUCGUCCUUCACGUCCUGACCUAGGGAAGCGCCUCUCACACUGCACGGACUACAGCUGUGCGCCUUCCCCGGCGCCUGGAGAAGGCCUUCAGUACCAGCUCUCUGCAGGAUGUGUGGUUUCUUUAUGGGAUCGUUUGACUCAUCUCUGCCUCCCCACCAGGUGGUGGGUUCCCUGAAGGCAGGAAUCAUGUAUUGUGCCCAACAUUGGUUCCCCUUGGCACACAGUAGAUAAUAAAUGUUCCCCCAAAGGCGGA